GGCCGAGCCGCGCCGGCUGAUGAUAUAGACCAAGGGUGGCCCGUUCCGCAUCCCGGGGAUUAACCGCCGGCCAGGGGCGAAUAUCGCCUGCGAGGGACUCGCUGACCGAACCCCGGCCGGGCUCUCCUUUUCCCUUACGUCAUGCCGAGAUGUGGGUCCCGGGCCGGGCCGAGAGGUCUAUUCCCGAAACCCUCGGACCGAGAGCAGUGUAGAGCAUCAUCCCAAACUAGAAGUGAGCGUCUACACACCGGGAACUAAGGCAUAUCAGACGUCGAUGAUGGGGUUGCCAUACCCCAAGAGCGAGUCGCAGGCGGUGGAUAUAUCCGCACCUAGGUUCUCGCGGAGGUGGGGUGGGUUAGCUCUCCAGACCGCAAGUGUUUCUUGGCCCCCCCUUUCGAAAACUGUACCCAACGCCACGACGAGACAUCAUGGCAUCCGAACUCCAAGGAUUCGCGGCCUUGAAGCCGUGCUGUAUCACCAAGGUGAACGUCGACGUGCAAAAGGGAAUCCACCCUUUCGGGGAGGCCUACAACGGCUCUAGACUUACGCAUUUUGAGUGUCCUUCUGGGACGGUCGAGAGCGUUCCCGGAUUCGAGCCGGCCUUCAAGGCCAACUUCACUUUCGGCGGAGACUGGUUUUCCAUGGACGCCGAUGGCAAGCACGGACGCGUUGACUUCCGGGGAAUUGCGAGAAGCGAGGAGGGACACGAGAUCGACGUCCGCGUCUACGGCAUAGUCAAGAUGGGUCCGGAGGCCUCGAAGGUCUUCAACCUGCAGCCGGACAUGGCUACGGUCCCGUUCGGCUGGAUCACUGCCAAGGCUGAGUACAUAGUUUCGGACCCCAAGUUGAAGUUCUUGGAGACUAGCAUUCUCGUCGGCAACGCACGCGUACUCAUCGACCCCGAGACGGGUGUGACGAUCGAGAAUAGGCAGUCGAUAGUUCUUAGCACGACAGCCGAGUGAAUACAUGUCUAGGUGGAAUUAUCUGAGUCGAGAGCGAUGUGGGUAAAGCGGUCUGCUGCGGUAUUACUGCUUUAUUUACGGACAGGGGGUCUAGAUCCCGAUAGGAAAAGUCCUUCUCAUCAUGGAAUUUGGGCUUGAUUGGUUGUUGUUUUCGUGCGGUUAUGCGCAAUUCCGAUCCUUUGUUCCGUAGCACUCGAAAUAUCCACCUAUGAAGUCCUCAGAAGUCACCAUCUACCAACGUUGAAGGAAACACUAGGCCUUUUGUCCUCGGAGAUAUUACUCCGAACCCAUCUUCCCGACUCUGUAUUGCCACGAGAAAAGUGUGGACGCCUAAAUUAACUUGUGUAGAAAUGCUAGCAUCUAAUAUACUUAGGGGACGCUUCCUUGGGAUUAUGUUUCUGGAUAGGUACCAAUCAC